GCAAAAUUCGCGAAAAUUAUUGUGUAUUGCAUCUAUCUUUUUCUAUGCAAACUUAAAAAUAAUAAUUAUAGCCCGAAUUCCUUCAGAUUUGCAGGCAGUGAGCGGGAAUUUCGGCUGCAGCCGGCUGCGAGAUUUGGCCAGUAAGCACCCAUAAAACAAUGUGCUGGGCAAGAUGUCCCGGCUCGCUGAUUACUUCGUAAUAGUCGGCUACGACAGCGAUAAGGAGAAGACGGCCAGCAAUGUGGGCGGUCAGCCGACUUGCGGCAAGAUCGUGCAGCGCUUUCCCGAGAAAGAUUGGCCGGACACUCCGUUUAUCGAGGGCAUUGAAUGGUUUUGCCAGCCGCUCGGCUGGAGUUUAUCGUACGAGAAGCAGGAGCCCAAGUUCUUCGUCUCCGUGCUGACGGACAUCGAUGCCAACAAGCACUACUGCGCCUGCCUCAGCUUCCACGAGGCGGUGGCCAUCACCCAGACGCGCAGCGUGGACGACGAGGAUGAGACCAUCGGAAGCAGCAGGCUGCUGGGGGCCACGCCCUCCUCGACGGAUGGAAUCGCUGCAGCAACCACGCCGGCUCCCAUUACCCACCACAGCGUCAUGUAUGCACCCAAGUGCCUGGUGCUCAUAUCGCGUUUGGACUGUGCCGACACCUUCAAAAAUUGCCUCGGCACCAUAUACACGGUGUACAUUGAGAACCUGGCCUAUGGCCUGGAGACACUGAUCGGAAACAUUUUGGGCUGCAUCCAGGUUCCGCCAGCGGGUGGCCCGCAGGUGCGCUUCUCCAUUGGAGCAGGCGACAAGCAGUCGCUUCAGCCGCCGCAGAGCUCCUCGCUGCCCACAACGGGCAGUGGUGUGCACUUCCUCUUCAAGCAAUUGGGCAUCAAGAAUGUGCUGAUCCUGCUGUGCGCCGUGAUGACUGAGAACAAGAUACUGUUCCUGUCCAAAUGCUAUUGGCACUUGACGGACAGCUGCAGGGCCUUGGUGGCCCUGAUGUAUCCCUUCCGGUACACUCAUGUUUAUAUACCCAUACUGCCGGCGCCACUCACGGAGGUGCUGUCCACACCCACUCCGUUCAUCAUGGGCAUACACAGUUCGCUGCAAACUGAGAUUACGGAUCUGCUGGACGUCAUUGUUGUGGAUUUGGAUGGCGGUCUGGUUACCAUUCCCGAGUCACUAACUCCACCUGUUCCUAUACUCCCCUCACCCCUGUGGGAGCAGACGCAGGAGCUGCUCAGCAUGAUCCUGUUUCCGAAUUUGGCGCAGGCGGAUCUGGCAUUUCCCACACCGGAGCGGCCUUCCUCUCUGGCCAAGACUGACGCCCAGAUCGACAAGGAACUUCGCGCCAUAUUCAUGCGCCUUUUCGCCCAGCUCCUGCAGGGCUAUCGCUCCUGCCUGACCAUCAUUCGGAUCCACCCCAAGCCGGUGAUCACCUUCCACAAGGCUGGCUUCCUCGGUGCCAGGGAUCUCAUCGAGAGCGAGUUUCUGUUUCGUGUGUUGGAUAGCAUGUUCUUUACCACGUUCGUCAACGAGCGUGGUCCUCCCUGGCGGGCUUCCGAUGCCUGGGAUGAGCUCUACAGCUCGAUGAACGAGCUCCUCAAGUCGGAGGCGCAGAAUCGGAAUCUCGUAAGUAAAAGUUGCACUUGUGGCGGGCUUAAGAUUGAUCUUAUUAUCACCCUACAGAUACUCACACAUAUCCAGGAAUUGGGUCGCGUUCUGUACGAGAACGAGGGCACCCUGGCCCACACCAGCUAUGCGCAGAAGGUCCUCCGUCCACCGGAGGGCGCAUUCCAACGCAUCCACCAGCCCGCCUUCCCGCGAAUCAGCUCGGAAAAGGUGGAGCUAAUCAUCCAGGAGGGAAUUCGCAAGAACGGAGUGCCGCAGCGCUUUCAUGUGACGCGUAAUCAGCACCGGAUCAUUCCCAUGGGACCCAGGUUGCCGGAGGCUCUGGACGUGCGACCUAAUGUCCAAAACUCUGCUCGCCGGCUGGAGGUGCUGCGCAUCUGUGUGUCGUACAUCUUCGAGAACCGGAUUACAGAUGCCAGGAAGCUGCUGCCGGCUGUGAUGCGCACCCUAAUGCACAGGGAUGCGAGGUUGAUUCUCUGUCGCGAGUUUUUCGGUUAUGUGCAUGGCAACAAAGCGGUGCUGGACCAUCAGCAGUUCGAGUUGGUUGUGCGAUUCAUGAACAAGGCACUGCAUAAGUCCUCCGGAGUCGAUGAGUACACAGUGGCCGCGGCUCUGCUGCCCAUGUCCACAAUCUUUUGCCGCAAGCUGUCCACUGGAGUGGUGCAGUUCGCCUACACAGAGAUCCAGGAUCAUGCCAUAUGGAAGAACCUGCAGUUCUGGGAGUCCACAUUCUUCCAGGACGUCCAGGGACAGAUUAAGGCACUGUAUCUCCUGCACCGUCGUCAAAACGAACAUCAAAAGGAGGCCAACUGUGUGCUGGACGAGGUUCCUCUGGAGGAGCCCACGGCGCUUGAGAUUACGGCCGAGCAGCUGCGAAAAAGUCCCACCAUUGAGGAGGAGAAGAAGGCCGAGCUGGCCAAAUCGGAGGAGUCUACGUUGUACAGCCAGGCUAUUCACUUUGCCAACCGUAUGGUCUCCCUGCUGAUUCCGCUCGACGUCAAUGUGGAUGCCGCUAGCAAGCCGAAACCUGCAUUCCGCCUGGAGGAAAAUCAGAGUGUUUCCAAUAGUAUUAUGGGCUCACACAGCCUAAGCGAACAUUCCGACGAAGGAUUCGAGGAGAACAAUGCUCUGGAAAUUGGCGUCACGGUUGGGAAGACGAUUUCCCGCUUCAUUGAUUGCGUUUGCACCGAGGGUGGAGUGACCUCCGAGCACAUACGCAAUCUGCACGACAUGGUGCCGGGCGUGGUGCACAUGCACAUAGAAUCCCUGGAACCGGUUUAUCUGGAGGCCAAGCGCCAUCCGCAUGUGCAGAAGCCAAAGAUUCAGACACCAUGCCUUUUGCCGGGCGAGGACCUGGUCACCGACCACCUUCGCUGUUUCCUCAUGCCGGAUGGACGCGAAGACGAAACCCAGUGCCUAAUACCCGCCGAGGGAGCUCUGUUCCUCACCAACUACCGAGUCGUGUUCAAGGGUUCACCCUGCGAUCCGCUCUUCUGCGAGCAGGUUAUCGUGCGCACCUUUCCCAUUGCCUCCAUGCUGAAGGAGAAGAAGGUAUCAGUGCUGUACCUGGCCCAUCUGGACCAAACGCUGACGGAGGGACUCCAGCUGCGCUCCAGCAGCUUUCAGUUAAUCAAGGUCGCCUUCGACCCGGAGGUAACCCCGGAGCAGAUCGAGAGCUUCAGGAAGAUAUUGAGCAAGGCUCGCCAUCCGUUCGAUGAGUUUGAGUACUUUGCUUUUCAAUCGUACGGCACCAUGCUCCAGGGCGUGGCACCGCUGAAAACGAAGGAAAAAUACUCCACGUUGAAGGGAUUUGCCAAGAAGACGUUGCUUCGCGGGGCAAAGAAGGCGGGAUUGUUGCAGAAGCCGCAGACAAAGCGCAAGUUGGUCUCCGACUACGACUACGGCAGUGGAGCAGAUGCUCAGGAAACGCAGUCCAUCGACGAUGAACUGGAGGACUUGGACGAGUUCGAGACCCAAAACAAUGCCAUGCCUAGAUUGCUAACGACUAAAGACGUCGAGCGAAUGCGGGAGAGGAGCUAUGUACAGGACUGGAAGCGACUGGGCUUCGAUGCGGAAUCGCAGCGCGGAUUCCGCAUUAGCAACGUCAAUACCAGCUAUGCCACCUGUCGCUCCUAUCCGGCGAUAAUAGUGGCCCCCGUGCAGUGCAGCGAUGCGGCGAUAAUGCAUCUGGGUCGGUGUUUCAAGGGCCAGCGCAUUCCACUGCCCACGUGGCGGCAUGCGAACGGGGCCCUGCUCAUCCGCGGUGGCCAGCCCAACAGCAAAUCGGUGAUCGGCAUGCUGAAGAACACCACGGGAAGCAAUACGAACGCCCAUCACGAUGUCACGCAUUACCCCGAGCAGGAUAAAUACUUCCUGGCCCUGAUCAACACGAUGCCGAAGCUAACCCCGCUGGCCCUCAAUCAGUACUCGGGCAUGAAUCUCUCGAUGAGCUCGCUAAUGGCCCAUGGCCCCUGUGAUGAGCGGCAGCCGCUUACGCCGGAAUUGUCGCGCAAGCACAAAAACAAUCUGGAUGUCAGUGAUGGCAGCAAGUCCAGUCAAGGAGGCAAAGGCGGCACAAUGAAGGGCAAUUCCAAGAACCCAACGGCGCAUGCCUUCCGAAAGAUGCGACUCUACGCAUUGGGGGAGAAAUCGCAGGCCAAGUCGAACAUGAAUGUGGACUUCUGCGCGGACUUCAUUCCCGUUGACUAUCCGGACAUCAGGCAAUCGAGACCCGCCUUCAAGAAACUGAUUCGCGCCUGCAUGCCAUCGCAUAACACCAACGAGGCGGAUGGCCAGAGUUUCGCCAAGAUGGUGGAGCAGUCGGACUGGCUGCAACAGAUCUCCUCGCUGAUGCAGUUGUCCGGUGCGGUGGUGGAUCUCAUCGAGCUGCAGGAGAGCAGCGUGAUGCUGUCCCUGGAGGAUGGCUCCGAUGUGACCGCCCAGCUCAGUUCAAUAGCCCAGCUGUGCCUGGACCCGUACUACCGAACCCUGGACGGUUUCCGUGUGCUGGUGGAGAAGGAGUGGCUGGCCUUUGGCCACCGAUUUGCGCAUCGCAGUAAUCUGAAGCCCUCGCAUGCAAACACAAACAUUGCGUUUGCCCCCACUUUCCUCCAGUUCCUGGAUGUGGUCCAUCAGCUGCUGCGCCAGUUUCCCAUGGCCUUCGAAUUUAAUGACUUCUAUUUGAGAUUCCUGGCCUACCAUUCGGUAUCGUGCCGCUUCAGAACCUUCCUGUUUGAUUGCGAGCUUGAGCGCUCUGAUUCGGGAAUCGCGGCAAUGGAAGACAAGCGGGGAUCGCUGAAUGCCAAGCAUAUUUUUGGAGCUGGUGGCAUGACGUCCAACGGUUCCGACGACGAGUGCAAUGUAUAUCCGCUGGAUAUCAGGAGCCAAAGGACACCGGCACCUCUGAGCCGCAUCGGUCACUCCAUCUUUGACUAUAUCGAGAGGCAGCACAACAAGACGCCCAUAUUUUAUAAUUUCCUGUAUUCGGGCGACAAAGGCAUUACUCUGCGCCCGCAGAAUAAUGUUGCCGCCUUGGAUCUGUGGAGCUACUAUACCAACGAAGAGCUGGCCCAAGGAGCGCCCUACGAUCUGGAAGUGACCACCGUGGACGAUGAAAUCGAUCUAUCCGAGAUGAAGGGCAAACGCAUGGUCAUUACCGCCGGCUAUGACAACAUGGAGAAGUGCAAUCCCAAUGCCUACGUCUGCCUGCUCAGCGAGGUGAAGCAGGCGGAGACGGAGCGCGGUCAUCUUCCCCAAAAGUGGCUGCAGGUGUGGAACAGCCUGGAGGUGCCGCAGCUGGAGCCAGCUGCUCGCAACGCCUCGUUGGGAAACAUCUUCGUGCAGACGCAUCAGCACAAACGCUCCACGUUGGAGAUCAUCAUGAAGGGGCGGCUGGCGGGCUACCAGGACAAGUAUUUCCAUCCGCAUCGAUUCGAGAAGCAUCCCUACACCACGCCCACCAAUUGCAACCACUGCACCAAGCUGCUCUGGGGUCCAGUUGGCUACCGGUGCAUGGACUGCGGCAACUCCUACCACGAGAAAUGCACGGAGCACUCCAUGAAGAACUGCACAAAGUACAAGGCCAUCGAUGGAGCUGUGGGCCCGCCGAAUGUGAACAUGUCGCAGGGCGACACGGCCAGCAUCGCUUCCAGUGCCGCCACCACGGCACGCACCUCCAGCCAUCACUUCUACAACCAGUUUAGCAGUAACGUUGCCGAAAAUCGGACGCACGAGGGACAUCUGUACAAACGUGGAGCCUUGCUCAAAGGAUGGAAACAGCGCUGGUUCGUCUUGGACUCGAUUAAGCAUCAACUGCGUUACUAUGACACGUCUGAGGAUACCGCUCCAAAGGGAAUUAUUGAACUGGCCGAAGUGCAAUCCGUAACUGCCGCACAACCUGCACAAAUUGGCGCUAAAGGAGUGGAUGAGAAGGGAUUUUUUGAUCUUAAAACAUCAAAGCGCACCUAUAAUUUCUACGCGAUCAACGCAAAUCUGGCACAGGAAUGGAUCGAAAAGUUGCAGGCUUGUUUGCAAUAGAUAGUCGGGAAAAAUCUUUCUUUUUUUUACCUUUCCUUUUCGUUCUAUUUUGUACGCCUAUCAAAUGUUUUUUUAUAGGAAAAAUCAGUAUGUUUCCAGUUCUACGUAUUAUUAUAUUGAAUCUUUGGCUCUGCCAUCAUAUCAUAGCUAAACUAUCACCUUAGAAUUUCCUUAGUUGAUUUGAGAAAUCGCACGCACCCAUUAAUAUAAAAGUUAGCAACAAUUAUGCCAAGCAACAAGCGAAACGUUAGUUAAAGAAUGAAAUCCAUCUGUAAAUGUGAAUGUAAAGAAACUAUAAAAUUAUGUGAUUAUAUAACAAACAAAAAUCAGACUAUAUGAUAAAAUAACGAUGAAAUGGAAAAAACCACGCCCGCAAGUUUUUGAUAUAAUUUUUAUAUAUACAUAUAAAUAUAAAAUUCUUCAGCCUAAACUAUAUAGGUUUAUAGCGAAUUUACCAAAGAUUAUUCCACCUUUGUUGCGCAAUUGAAAUACAUUUCUUGAUUGCUUCCUUUAAACUAAACCCUAAUAUUAAACGCUUUCCUUUAUUUAUACACUACAUGGUAAUCAAUAUAAUACAUACUUUAAUGCAAUUAUUUGUGGCUUACAAACGAUAAUAUACAUUUUUAAACAAA